CUUCAAGACAUAUUAUACCCAUAUCCAUUCAUACACUCAACACUGUACUUCAAUACUCGACUACAUUUGAACCUUGAACAAUAUCGAAAAUGUCCAACCAAAGCCAACAUAUCAACCCCCCCGAAUCCUCCACCGCAAACUACCACAUUCCCGGCGCCCUCCCCACCGAAUGCAAAAACCGCACCGACCAGCCUGAUACCAACCAGUCUGAAACCGACAGUCCCAACCAGCGCGACUUGCCCUCUCCCACCCCAGACGACAGCCAGUCGCAAGCCUCGGGCUCGCGCUGGGGCCUCGGCAGCGGUCUCGCCAAGGGUUUCGGCAGCGUCAAGCAAGCCGUGACAGGAAGCAACGCCGGCAGCGCCAGCAGCAAUAAGAACAAGGACUACGAGGCGGGUCUGAAGGACCUGGACAACCUGAAGUUGUCGGACGAGGACGUCGACGCGCGCAGGGAGUCCCUUGCGCCCGGUGAGAGCGUCGCAGUAGACGACAAGAGAGAUACCCUCGAUAAGCCUACGUCGCCGCCGCCGUCUGCCUCGCAGGCGACGCCUGUUGCUAGCAAUGCGGAUCCCAUCGGGGAGGAGGGAGAACAGAACGACAAUACCUCUGCGGAUCCCACCGGAGAGGAGGCUGAACAGAAUGACGAUACCUCUGCGGAUCCCACCGGGGAGGAGGCUGAACAGAAUGACGAAACCCCUGCUGAGCCGCAGCAGGUUGACCUCUCUAUCCUCAAUGGUCUGACACCGAACAAGACAGGGGUGGUCAUCGGCCCGGAUGGGUUCCCUGUCGGUCGCGUCGUCGAGGGCAACCCCCGUGAGCUUGCGGGACGGGCCAUCGACGGCGAAGACGGGUGCAUCUAUGACGGCAAACGCGUGCUAGGUCGCGUGGAAGCCAUCCCUGAGGACCAGCGCGAGACGAAGCACGAGGGUCCGUUCGCUGGUCUGGAAGGCCUGGUCGUUGGUGAUAACGGGCUAGUCCAGGAUGUGCGGGGUAUGGUUGUCGGGCGCAUCGUGGAGGGUGAUGCGUCUGCGUUGCGCGGUCGCGCUGUCGAUGAUGAUGGUGAUAUCGUUGAUCGGUUCGGAACUUCCAAGGGGAGGGCCGAGCCGUAUCAGGAGGAGGAAGAGGAGGAGCCGCAGCCUGAGGAGCAGGAUCUGUCUAUCCUUGAGGGGAAGACGGUCAACAAGGCCGGAAAUGUCGUUGAUGAGCACGGUACUGUUGUCGGCCGGAUCGUCUCGGGCGAUGGUCGUCGGCUAGCUGGUCGACGCGUCGAUGGACAGGGCCAAGUUUGGGGCGACAGCGGCAAUGUCAUUGGACGCGCGGAGCUGAUCCCCGGUGCUGAACAGGAGAGGCCUGAGGGUCCGUUCUUUGGAUUCGAAGGCGCAACUGUUGGCGCCGAGGGGGUCGUCGCUGAUUCCACCGGACAGGUGAUCGGGCGCGUUGUCGAAGGCGAUGCGGCGCGACUGCUUGGACGCCCCGUUGACGAGGAUGGCGACAUUCUCGACAAGAACGGCAAUGGAAUUGGUCGUGCGGAGCGCUGGCAGCCGGAGUCUAAGCCGCGCAAUGUCAGUCCCAUGGCCGGCCGCAAGGUCACCCGUGAAGGCGAAGUGCGCGAUACCGAUGGGAAUCUGAUCGGGAAGCUCACCGCGGGGAACCUGGCUACGCUGGUCGGACGCGAGAUCGACGACAACGGGUACGUGGUCGACAACGACGGCAACCGAUUGGGAGAGUGUACGCUGCUGGAGAACAUCCCCGAGCCCGAGCCCGAGCCCGAGCCCGAGGGCCCAACAGAGGCGGAGAAGGAGGAGCAGCGCAAGGCCGAGGAGGACCGUCAGCUGGCGCAGAAGAUGAGCACCAUUGUGUCGCAGGCAUUGGAUCGCAUGCGUCCGAUUUGCAAGAUGAUCUCUGAGCACGUCGACAAAGCAGACCGCACUCCCCGCGAGGAGCUCGACGAAGAAGCCCUCGUCCAGCAGGUCAAGCCUCUCCUCGAAGAGGGCGGCAACAUCCUACAAGAAUGCAAUGGCGCGGUCCGGGCUCUCGACCCCGACGGUCGCAUCGCUGCGACGGCCAAGGCACGCGCCGCCUCUCAUGAAGCCACGCCGGCCGAGUAUGCGCUCGCAGACCAACUCAAGGAGCUGACCGACACGGUUGUGCAGACGAUCGACAACGGCAAGAAGCGCAUCGCUGACAUGCCGCAUGCGAAGAAGGAGUUGAACCCGCUGUGGGGAUUGCUCAGCGAGCCGCUGUUCCAGAUCAUCGCCGCCGUUGGACUUCUCCUGACGGGCGUGUUGGGUCUGGUCGGCAGACUGCUCGAAGGCCUUGGAUUAGGGCCGCUGGUCCAUGGCCUACUUGGAGGACUGGGAAUUGAUCGAUUGCUGGGCAGCUUGGGUCUUGGGGGCCUCACAGACGCCCUGGGUAUGAAGAGCUAGUGGUUUUACCUGUGUACACUGUUUUAUUCGUGUUUGCCAUGAUGUUUAUGUCAAUGUUGUAUUAUUAGCCCUAAUGUCUUAGUUAGCCUCAUCGGCAUCAAAAUGACCAUCCAUCCUGCUUACAUGUGC